UGAGAGAACCGUCUGGUUGAGUCUACAAUCGGAAGACCACCACAUCCACUAUAAGACCCAGGAUGGAUCUGCACCAAAGCACUGCCAUCCCUUUCCUUGAGAAAUGGUGUUUGGAGAAGUCACUAUCUGGCUUCAGGAGACAUUAUAAUGUCAGGAAAAAACUGAAGUUAGUUAGAAUCUUGGGCCUUCUCAUGGGCCUAGUAGCCAUUAGCACUGUCCCAUUUUCAAUCAGUGCCUUUUCUGAGACAGAGAUACAGAGCACAGAAGAGGUUGUUGGUGCAAGUGGUCCCAGCGCAGCACACGGUCACCAUCAGAGAACUCUCUUAGAUUUAAAUGACAAGAUUCUGGAUUAUACUCCACAGCCACCUCUUUCUCAGGAAGGCACGUCUGAGAACACUACAGAUCAUGCCCAAGGAGACUACCCAAGAGACAUCUUCUCCCUCGAGGAGCGAAGAAAAGGCGCCAUCAUUCUGCACGUCAUUGGAAUGAUCUACAUGUUCAUAGCCUUAGCCAUUGUCUGUGAUGAAUUCUUUGUCCCUUCUUUGACUGUCAUCACUGAGAAAUUGGGCAUCUCUGAUGAUGUGGCCGGAGCCACCUUCAUGGCUGCGGGGGGUUCGGCCCCAGAACUUUUCACAUCUCUCAUAGGGGUAUUUAUUGCUCACAGCAAUGUUGGCAUAGGCACGAUCGUGGGCUCAGCAGUGUUCAAUAUCCUCUUUGUUAUUGGCAUGUGUGCUCUGUUUUCUAGAGAAAUCUUAAACCUGACAUGGUGGCCGCUCUUUCGGGAUGUGUCCUUCUACAUCGUUGACUUGAUCAUGCUGAUCAUAUUUUUCCUGGAUAAUGUUAUCAUGUGGUGGGAAAGCUUGCUUCUCUUAACAGCUUACUUCGGCUAUGUGGUUUUCAUGAAAUUCAACGUCCAAGUAGAAAGAUGGGCGAAGCAAAUGAUAAAUCGCAAUAAAGUCGUCAAGGUGACAGCACCAGAGACCCAAGCAAAGUCAUCUACAGCCAGGGACAAGGAUGAGCAGGCUCUACCGACUAAGCCACGUCUCCAGCGAGGUGGAAGUUCUGCUUCUCUCCACAACAGUCUCAUGAGGAAUAGCAUCUUCCAGCUCAUGAUUCACACCCUUGACCCACUCGCUGAAGAACUUGGAUCAUAUGGAAAACUAAAAUAUUAUGACACAAUGACUGAAGAAGGGAGGUUCAGAGAAAAGGCUUCUAUUCUCCACAAGAUCGCCAAGAAGAAAUGCCAGGUGGAUGAGAACGAGAGGCAGAACGGGGCUGCCAAUCACGUGGAAAAAAUUGAGCUCCCAAACAGCACCAGCACGGAGGUUGAAAUGACACCACCCAGUGAUGCUUCGGAACCCGUACAAAAUGGAAAUCUCUCCCACACCAUCGAAGCUGCAGAAGCCCAGACGGGUGAACAUGAGGAGGACCAGCCUCUCAGCCUGGCCUGGCCUUCCAACCCCCGCAAGCAAGUCACGUUCCUAAUUGUUUUCCCCAUAGUGUUUCCUCUCUGGAUUACCUUACCUGACGUCCGCAAACCGUCGUCAAGAAAGUUUUUUCCCAUCACGUUCUUUGGCUCCAUCACCUGGAUUGCUGUAUUCUCUUACUUGAUGGUCUGGUGGGCACACCAGGUUGGAGAGACAAUUGGCAUUAGUGAAGAGAUUAUGGGUCUGACCAUCUUGGCUGCUGGGACCUCCAUCCCUGAUCUUAUCACCAGUGUCAUAGUGGCCCGGAAAGGGCUCGGGGACAUGGCUGUGUCCAGCUCCGUUGGAAGCAACAUUUUUGACAUCACCGUAGGGCUCCCACUGCCCUGGCUCCUGUACACCAUCAUUCACAGGUUCCAACCAGUGGCUGUCAGCAGCAAUGGCCUUUUCUGUGCCAUCGUCCUCCUGUUCAUCAUGCUGCUCUUCGUCAUUCUCUCUAUUGCACUCUGCAAAUGGCGGAUGAACAAAGUGCUGGGCUUCAUCAUGUUCGGCCUCUACUUUGUGUUCCUGGUGGUCAGUGUCCUCCUAGAAGACAGGAUUCUUGUGUGCCCUGUCUCCAUCUAGUAGGAAAAGCCAUAGCUUGAACUAACAGCAUGGAUGGUCCCUCCCCGCCCUGGGUUCUACGCUCCUUGACCGCUCCAGAAGAGGCAGCUAGCACACAGCCAUGGGCAUUUCAAAGUGUCCCUCCUUGGCGGAUUUGAGGAUGGAUGGAUUUACACUGGGCCCACUCAUUUCACAAGCUGCUGCCAACCUUGCCUACUGAAACCACUUCAUGCAAGAGACCAUGCAAGAACCGUCCAUUUGGGGCUUCUCUCCAUUCAUCCCUAACAGGUACUCCUCGCUGGUCGGAGGUACAUUCAUUGUAAUGAUGCAAACAAUGACAGAGGCUCUCUCUAGGUAUACAUACAAAAUAUACAAAUUAUAAAUAGAUGCACAUGAACACA